AUGGAAGAAGAAAUUGGAUACUGGAAGCAAAACUUAUAUUUGCUCCAGGAAGCUGCACCACGACCAUUUCCUGUUAAGUGUUUGGCAUCACCGGAAUCAUCACCACCUCAGUAUGGCACUGAAUUUCAUGGUUUAAUCGAGCGUGAAGUAGCCGACAAUAUGUUGCUGGAAGCUGGUGAAGGCGCUUUUUUGGUCCGUGCAUCCAGACGUUCACCAGGCGCUAAUACACUAUGUAUGUUCUUCGAUGGACGUGUAUUAAAUUAUAAGUUAUUCUAUGAUGGCAUGCAUUAUGUUGGCGAAAAAAGAUUCGAACAUUUGGAGGAUUUAGUCGCAGAUGGAUUGAUAACGAUGCAUAUGGAGAAACAUGCAAAUGAUUAUAUACAGCGUAUGGCUGAUGAAGCAAUUUAUGAGCAAAGCCCUUAUUCGCAAUAUCAAAAAGCAACUGACUGUCGACGCCAGCCAUGUGCUCGGUGUCAUAAUUUCACACCGGCUACAUUUCGGAUACCACAUUAUUGCGAUUAUUGUCGCAAUUUUAUGUGGGGGCUUGUUCAGCAGGGUGUUAAGUGUGAAGAUUGUGGUUUUUGUGCGCAUAAAAAAUGCAGUGAGCGUACUAUACAUGAUUGCCGACCGGAGGCGAAAUAUGUAAAGCGGAUGUUUGCUGUGGAUAUCAGUACCUUAUGUAUGGCGCACGCUGUAAGCAUUCCACCUGUUGUUUCUGCUUGUAUUACGGAGGUUGAACGACGUGGUUUGUUUGUGGAAGGAAUCUAUAGGGUAUCCGGUUCUCAUGAACAAAUGGAAAGAUUACGUCGGCAGUUCGAUACCCUGCAUAAAGUUGAUCUCUCAAUUGUUGAAGAUAUUCAUACUGUAGCUGGCCUUCUAAAGCUGUAUCUCAGGCUUUUACCGCAGCAACUUGUGCCAUUUUCUGUAUAUCGUUCCUUACUUACUGCUUACACUAAUAAUCGAGCUUUCCACGAACGAUCAAAAAUGUGCAGGAAGGUUUUAAAAGAAUUAAAUGAAGCAAAUGGCCGUACACUGCUAGCAAUAUUGAUGCAUAUGCAAAGAGUGGCUGAUAAUAGUGGAGAAAAUAAAAUGAGUGUCGAAAAUCUGGCAACCAUAUUUUCACCUACAUUAUUUUGUACCGGUACCGUUCCAGCAUUACCCCAACAGCAGCACCAACUUCUUCAUUUUCUUAUCCAAAAUCCCAGGAUUGUCCCAUUUUCUUAA